GUGAUGUCUGCUUUUUGAUUUUAUCUUGGAAUCCUAUGGAAACGAACACAUACAUCAAUCAGCGAUAAAUAGACUUCCUUUCUUUGGUCCUUUUUGCGCGUACUGUUUAUGUUAACGAUCACUGAGCCUACAGAGGGAUAGGAAUUGCAUUAUAGCUAUUUUUGAUUCAAUAUGAUAAAGUUUCCAACAUUUUGAAAGGCAUUCCGGGAAUGUUUUUAAUUGGUAUAAAAUGCCGGUAUAAUGUUCAUAACGUGAAGGACAAAUGUGGAUGAUUUAUAUAGUCUUAUCUGACAUGACCUCAUGUUAAUUUGUUCGUUACUUUUAUUUUGUGAAUAGUUGAAAAUGCCUACGAAUUUACAGUUGAACAUGAUAGAAUAUGUCCUAUCUGUUUUUUACUCCAACUCUGAGUUGUUGCUUUUAACUUGUCUCCUGAUAGCAUUUGUGGUUUAUUAUGUCUAUGGAGUUGCCAAACAACCACUUUUGGUUUGCCAAGAAGGAAAGUUCAAGUCAUUUCUUUUGGAUAGCUGCCCAAUUCUACACAACCGCUAUUGGCCUACAUUUUGGUGCUUCGGAACUCACGCACAGACAGCACUUGCAAAUAUUUUACGUGGACGGUUACCCGACUUGCCUUAUCAAAGAGAAAUAAUCAAAAUGAAAGAUGGAGGUAUCAUUUCAUUAGAUUGGCUUGAAUGUCCCGAAUUCAACUCCCAGAAGCACAAAGCUGUUGUUUUAUUUAUGCCUGGUUUGACAGGUCACAGCCAAACAGAGUAUAUCAAAAGCUUAGUUCCUAUUGCACAGAAAGUUGGUUGCAGAGCUGUUGUUUUUAAUAACAGAGGAAGAGGAGGUGUUGAUAUUCUUAGUCCCCGCACUUAUUCUGCCUGCAACACUGAAGAUUUGAGAGAAGUGCUUGGCUAUAUAAAAGAACGAUAUCCUGAUAGACCGAUCUAUGGGGUCGGCAUUUCAUUGGGCGGUAUCAUUUUAGGACAUUAUCUCGCUGAAUCCAGGUCUGAUUCUUUGGUGUGUGCUGCUUUACUUAUAUCAACAGCCUUCGAUAUCCAUGCAGGAGAAGCUAGUUUAUCUAUUCCAGGCUUGAACCUUAUGUUGAAUAAGCAUCUAACUCAACGAUUAUUAGAAAUGUUAGAGCCGCACAAAGAAAAAUUUGAAAAUGCCAAUGUUGAUAUGAAUUAUGUUUUCGAGAGCAAAACCAUUCGUGAUUUUGAUGAACGGUUUACUGCCAAAAUUUUCAAUUACAAAAAUGUUGAAGAAUAUUAUACUGCUGCAACAUUAAGGUCAAAAAUUCAACAAGUUCAAGUUCCUCUUCUUUGUGUAAAUGCUGCUGAUGACAUGUUUUGCCCAAUUUCUGCUAUUCCAUGCCAAGAAGUUCUCAGCACAAAUAACAUUGCUAUUGUGAUAUCGUCCCGUGGUGGUCAUAUUGGCUUUAUGGAUGGAUUUCUGCCUGCAACCCCAUUUUUUUCUGAAAGAUUGUUCGAACAAUAUUUAAGGGGUCUUUUAUCAUUGCCACUCAAUCAAAAGAACAAAUGUUUAUAUGUAACUUGAUGAAUAUAGGAGUUGAUACAUUAUUCUGUUAAUGAUAUAAAAUUAACUGCUUUAUGCAUGUGGAUGGUGCUAGCUAGCACAACGACAUCAAGAUGUAGAGCUUAAUAAAUAAUACUUUUUGGCACAUUGUAGUUGACGUGGAAAUGUU